CGAUCUGCCCAUCGCUUUCCGACCAGCCUGCCACUUUCCGAUCGGUCGGCUCCUCCGCCUAUCCGUCCGUCAGAUCCGGCCGACUGAUCACCCCUCAGCCGCUCCAUCUCCCUGCUGCAUCGCUGCCAUCAUGAGUGCAGAGAAGCCGAGGUCAAUGCCGACCGGACAGAAGAAUGUCCUCCGUCCCAACGACUCGGCGUCGCUCUGGAACUGCUCUCUCUCUCAAGGCUGGACCCGGGAAGAGGCCAACGUCCUCAGAAAUGCACUGAUCAAAUACGGCAUUGGCAACUGGAAAGAGAUCAUGGAGUGCAGUGUGCUGGCGGACAAAACCAAUGCCCAGCUCAAUCUUCAGACCCAGCGGAUGCUUGGACAGCAAAGUAUUGGAGAGUUUGCCAACCUGCACAUAGAUCCCUAUACCAUCGGCGCCAUAAAUGCCCAGAAAACCGGCGAUCAUAUCGUCCGCAAGAACGGAUUCAUCAUCAACACCGGAGGCAAGGUCAGCAGGAAGGAGCUGCUUGAGAAGAUCCAGAGAAACAAGGAACUAUAUGAGCUACCCAAGGAGGAAUGGGACAGCAUUGUGAUUGCUCGAAAGGAGGAGGGUCCGAUAUCAGUUCUCGAUCGGAAGAAGCGGGAACUGAGGGAGGCUGAAGAAGAGCUCGCUCAAAUCAAAGUCAGGAUCGCCGAGAUCCGAGAGAGGAUGUCCAAGCACGAAUGCAGUCACAAGAAAAUCAAGUUGGAGUAGCAGCCGAGCCGUUCCGGCGUGGAUCUGUGGCAGAAGUGCAAGUUCAUGUCUCGACCGGAUCAAAGUGCUGCUCAUACGAACACACCCUGCGUCGAGCCAAAUAAAGAGUCUUUGCUUGCGCUGG